AUGACGGUGGAGCAGCUCGACGACAGCACGCGGAAGGGCGAAUAUAACUUGACCACCAUCGACAUCCGCAAAGCCCUGCUCAACCCCGUCGGAGGCCCGUACUCAGAUGUCCGUCAUGCAUGGUCACGCAUGAGUUCCUCCCGGGGAGCACUGACGAGCUCCCUAGGAAAACGAAUGCGUCUGCAGGUCUCCUUGGCUCUAUACUAUGGUGAAUGCCUCAUAUAA